UUAUGCUACUACCAGCUACACAGUAUUGUUUUUUAUGCUGCAUUCUCUAUUUUAUUGUACCCACUUUUCAUAGUAUGUGUUAUGCGAUUGCAAGCUACACACUACUGCUUUUUCUGGUGCCUUGUUACCAUCAUCAAUCACAAAACCCAGUAUCCAAAUCUACACUCUCGUCCACGCUGUAAUGGCAGACAGUGUAGUUUCCUUUGUUUUAGAUCACUUAGCCCAGCUUGCCGCACGCGAAGCUAACUUGCUGUAUGGCGUGGAGGACAGAGUCCAGUCUCUCCAGUACGAACUUCAAAUGAUCAAAGACCUCCUCAAUACCACAAAGAGAAAGAAGGGAAUGGAAUGUACUGUAUUGAACCAAAUCAGAGAUGUGGCCAACUUGGCCGAGGAUGUCAUCGACACUUUCGUAGCAAAAGUUGUCAUUUACAAGAGGAGAACCAUUCUGGGGAGGAUGCUCCAUGGCUUUGGUCAAGCAAGGUUGAUCCACCACGUAGCCAAAAAAAUAGACAAGAUCAAAACCACUCUCAAUGAGAUACGCGACAACAAGGACAAAUAUGAUGCUUUCAAAGAAACCAAUAAUCAAUCUGAAGCAGAAGAGGCGGAGGAGAAGGAAAGGUUGCAAUCGUUGCACAAGCUAAGAAAAGACGUGGAGGAAGAAGAUGUGGUUGGCUUUGUCCAGGUCUCCACGGAUGUGGUCAUGCGACUCCAGGAAGGUGGUUCAAAUCGUAAAGUUGUCUCUAUCGUUGGCAUGGGGGGAUUGGGGAAGACCACCCUUGCCCGAAAGGUCUAUAAUAGCGACCAGGUGAAGAACCACUUCGAUUGUCGUGCGUGGGUUUAUGUCUCAAACGAGUGCAGAGUUAGGGAGCUUUUGCUUGGCCUUCUUAAGCAUUUGAUGCCAAGUUUUGAACAACCACGCAGAGGCAACAAGAGAGGUAAGAAAAACGCCGAAGACGUUAACAGCCCGAGUGAGGAGGAGCUGAAGAAACAGGUGUUGAACUGCUUGGAGAGUAAAAAGUAUCUUGUGGUGGUAGAUGACUUGUGGAAAAGGCAGGAUUGGGAUGAGGUGCAAGAUGCUUUUCCGGACAACAACAGAGGCAGCAGAAUAUUGAUAACUAGUCGUUUGAAAGAGGUGGCCUUGCAUGCUGGUGAUGAUGUUCCUCAUGAUCUUCGGUUCCUGAGCGAAGAAGAAAGUUGGGAGUUGUUUUGCAGGAAAGUGUUUAAGGGUGAAAACUGCCCUUCUGACUUGGAGACCCUGGGAAAGCAGAUGGUUCAAAGUUGUCGUGGUUUGCCGCUCUCCGUCAUUGUUUUAGCAGGGAUGCUAGCCAAGAAGGAAAAGUCACAUAGAGAAUGGUCUAAAGUGGUAGGUCAUGUUAACUGGUAUCUCACUCGAGAUGAAACCCAAGUGAAGGAUAUAGUUCUCAAACUCAGCUACGAGAACUUGCCAAGAGCAUUAAAACCAUGUUUUCUCUAUCUUGGGUUAUUUCCUGAAGAUUUUGAAAUACCUGUUAUGUCAUUAUUGCAAAAAUGGGUUGCAGAGGGUUUUAUACAAGAUACAGGAAAUAGAGACCCAGAUGAUGUUGCGGAAGACUACUUGUACGAGCUCAUCGAUCGCAGUUUGGUCCAGGUAGUAAGAGUGAAGUUGAAUGGAGGUUUGGCGACGUGUCAGGUUCAUGAUCUUCUUCGAGAUCUUUGUAUAUCAGAGAGCAAAGAGGACAACAUGUUUGAAGUUUGUACAGACAACAAUGUUGUAAUCCCUACCAAACCUCGUAGACUAUCCAUUCAGAGUGAUAUGAGUCACUACAUUUCUUCAAGCAACAAUGACCAUUCAUGUAUUCGUUCCCUGUUUUUCUUUGGGCCAGAGUAUGGUGUUUAUGGGAGAGAGUGGAAAUGGCUUUUGGACGACUUCAAAUUGGUUCGAGUGUUAGAGUUUGGACCUAACAGCUGCGAAAAGAUCCCUUCCAAUUUAGGGAACUUCAUCCACUUAAGGUACUUAAGAAUAGACUCAAUGUAUGUUACAUCUGUUCCAGAUUCAAUACUCAACCUUUGGAAUCUACAAACCAUAGACCUGGGUUUUUGGGAGAGUGAAAGUCCAAUUUCUUUCCCUGUUCAAAUGCGGAAACUCAAACAUUUAAGGCAUUUGAAUACAUCAAGGUCUCUCAAACUGCGAGGAAGAUGUUCAGAAUUAGAUGAGAAGAUGUGGAAUCUUCAGACCAUUUCUCCCCUUAUACUCAAUAAGCAAGCAACAUCUUUACUAAAGAAAGGAACAUUUCCCAAUAUUAGGAGGAUGAAUUUGUGCCUGAAGGCUGAUGAGUAUAAAGGUGAAUUUCCCAAUUUAUUGCCGAACCUACAACAAUUAAGGCAUUUGAAUAAAUUGAUUAUUGAUAAUGUUGGGGACCUUCUAACCUCUGAGGUCAUAUUUCCCCCAAACAUUACAGAGUUAUCCUUGUUAAAGAUUAAGUGCAUCACUGAUAAGGGGUUUAAUGAUCUGGGAAAUCACUCCAAAAUCAAAAUUUUGAGACUUUCGGGAGAUGAAUAUGCCUAUCCAUCCCGGGAUUCCGUUGACAUACAUUGUGUGGAUGACAGCUUCCCACAGCUGGAAGUAUUGGAAAUUAAAUAUUUGCCACUUGGAAAGUGGGAAUUAGGCAAUGGUGCAAUGCGAAGGCUUCAAACUGUGUUUAUCCACCGUUGUCCACUAUUAGAUACUCUUCCAAGUAAAUUUUGUUCUUUGAAUGGAUUGAGAAAAGUGCAAAUAACGGAAUCUCGCACGGGACAAAUCGCUCACAUCUUACGAAUUUUAGAAACAAAUAAUGGAGUCAAAGUCAUUACAGAGAAUCCUCCACCUAUAGAUAAGAGUGAUUGGAUUAUAAAUAUUUACUAGAAGUUUGAGAUGUAUUAUACAGUUGAUUAUUUAUUUUAUGGUUGUAUUUUACAUAGAGUAAAUAAAAUGUAACAAGUGAAAUAUGAAUAAUA